CCAGGACGCCCAAGUGUGCUGCUAACGGGGAAUCAUGGUUAUCCUGAAGGAACUGAAGCCGCCAGUGAACAGGAGCAGCCGCCAUCUGACAAUCCUCGCGUCUCGAGACUGCUCUUCAGCCCACUUUAACUUCGGCCGACAUCAUCUCAAAGCGGAUAUCCACAUAAUCUCUCUCCAGGAUAGCGAAACAACACUCGAUCAUCGCGGCAUCACCGGCGAAAGGGUAAGUUUGCCUAUAGUCAAAUUCGAUAUCCGAAUCGUCAGAGUCGGGUUCCGGUUGCUCUCCUGGGUUUCUACUCAAGGCGUCAGCAAUAACGUUCUCUUUGCCAGUCAACUUGCGGCUUAGAUACGCGAUAGGACGCCAGUUCGUCGG